AGCGUCUCAUACUGUGCAAAAUAAACUGGCUGGCUUGCUGCCUUAACUGCUGUUUGAGAAGAAAAAACAGAGAUGAUGGACAGAUUUCAGGACAGCGAGGACUGCUGUGGGCGGCAGAACCCAGACGGCACGGAGAGUACCCAAGAUUUGGACUCCAUCACGACGGUCAGUAGUCCGGGCUCGGGCGAUGGUAGCGGGCAGAAAGGGGAUGAACUGGACAAAGUGGACGCUUCUCAAAAGCCCCCGUAUUCAUACGUGGCCCUUAUCGCAAUGGCUAUCAAAGACAGCCAGGAGAAGAGGCUGACACUCAGUGGGAUUUAUCAGUUCAUCAUCACCAGGUUCCCCUAUUACGAGAAAAAUAAAAAGGGAUGGCAAAACAGCAUCCGGCACAACCUCAGCCUGAACGAAUGCUUCGUAAAGGUACCCAGGGAAGGCGGUGGGGAGAGGAAAGGUAAUUUUUGGUGUUUGGAUCCUGCUUUUGACGAUAUGUUCGAUAAAGGGAAUUACAGACGCCGGAGACGAGUUAAGAGACCGUACAAACCUCCGUCUGUCCCUUAUUUGCCGGGGAAGCCUUACCUGAACUACCCCGAUGGCUACUACUUGCACCACAAUCCAAAGUACUUGCAGACACCUUUCGUCGGAAGCUCAUGGUCUCUUCCCCAGGCCAGCUCCUUGGGCCAAUCCACAUCUGUGAACUAUCAGCACUUGCAGUCCACCAGCGGAGACACCAGCCCGGUGUCCUCAGAUGGGUUUUCCAAUUCUUCAGUGAACUGUUGCCAUAGCCAUCUACACUCGUCUUACAGCCCAUACUACCGACACCCGAAUGUCCUCGUGUCUCACAACAGUAGCCCGUAUACGGGCAUCACCCAGUCAAUCAGUCCGAGUGCUGCAGGGUCCACUGGUAGCUAUCACCAAUUAUCCUGCGCGUGGCAGCCAGACAUGUCGAUAAUGCAUUACUAUGAUUAGUUGGACUUGGAUUUUUGGAGUUCUUUUUUUGGUAAAUAUGCAUUCGGUUCUGUGCGUAUUUCGUGUUAACUGUUCUUUUUUGUUCAUUCAUGUCAAAACUGGAUUUUAAAGAGCAGAGGGGGAACUGCCUUGCACAGUUAAAAUUACGAUGAAGUUUAACGCUGUUUACUGGUUUACAUAAUUUUUCACCUCAACUGUAGUUGCGUUUAGCGGGACUCCUUUCUCUUGUUCAGCAAAUAGUUUCUCAUUUGGAGGAGGCACGCAUUAAUUACUCUAAAAUGUGUUUAAAAUAUUCUUGUCGUCAUUCAUAGCUGUGGAACAGAACGUCAUUUUGCAACGUUGUUGUAUUGUUUCCCGUCGAUUUCGAAGUUUCUUUUAUUUAUUUCAUUUCAGUAGCUAUAACAGAUUCUACAUGAUUUGUUUCAUUUAUUGGCAACAGCCUAUUAAAUAGUCAUAAAAUUGGCAAUUGUGUCAUGUUUUUUUUAUUUUUAGAACCAACAGGUCUAAAGAUUCCUUAUGUUUUAAGAGAAAAUAAUUAAAAUCAAGGUUUAAUGUGAAUGUCACCGCUUGGUAGCCUGUCUUGUGAGACUGAGAUUGCAACCGUGACAGUUUUUCUUGUUUUUGCAGGUUUACUUGUCUUGGCAUUUGCAUUAUAACUGAAUUUUGUACAACUUACUGGAACAAAAAACGUGUUUUGUUUGUUUGAAAUAUGUUUAAAAUGUUUACAGGGUAGC